ACUACUCCCAAUCAGAAUUACUUUUAGGAAACUGCGAAAACCAACAACAAGUAUAUAAACAGCACAAGAUAACAAAAAUUUUAUCGAAAAUAUCACGUUCAUAAGGCAAGACUCUUCAGAACAAUUGCAACAAGUGCUCGACCUACGUAGACAUUCAUAAGAAUAGCUCUUCCAACUGAAAAGUAAGUGUAAAGGGCUUCCGGAGAAAGUUUCAUCACGGACGUGUUUGAUCUCUUAGAUUAUUUCGAUAUUGAAGAAAUGGACUUCUGGGCGCUUUUAACAAUUGUCGUAUUGACGAUAUUUAUUAUGAGCUGUUGUGGAUACUGUUGUUCCUCAAAGCAGCGUGGAACCGUAUUGGCAACGCCCGUUGUGGUGACAUCAACUACACACACAGCACCGGGCAGCUAUCCGGUAACACAAGUGCCACCCCCCAACGCCUAUCAACAGCAGCCAAUGUAUCCACCCUACCCAACGGCAACAAGCGGGCCCAACCAAAUGCCUAUGCCGAUGCCAAUGCCAAGCGCCCAACCGCCAAUGCCGGGCAUGCAACCUUAUCCACCAGCGGUGCCUGCAGCGAAUUACAAUCCGCCCAGCUAUGAAGCCGCCGUAGCGGGUGUGGGCGUGGCCCAACCCAAUACUUACGAAAAACAAGCGCCCUACAAUCCCAACUAUAACGCUUACUAGACCGCGACCGACCAUAGUUAGUUUUACAUUUUCAAAAUCGCUGCAAAUCGUUGCAGUUUUGAUAAAUACCUAUUAUACAUAUAUACACACUUAUUUAUUAAGUAAGCCAUAUAAUGCGCGCAUGUGCUGGUGCUGAUAAUGACGAAGCUCUGGGUUUCUGCCAAAAUGCGAUAAGAUUUGUUUGCAGCACUUGCAAUGAACGAGAAAGAGGAGAAUAAGCAAUUUGAGGCGAUUUUUUGUUAUGGAAAACUUGAAAGUAGCCACAACUGUGUACUCCGAAACAAAACUAAAAAGUUAACUGCGAACUAAACUAAAAGAAAAUAAUAGCAUUAAAAAGUAAUUUAAAUAAUUGAAUUGUUUAAGCAUUGUACGUACAAACUAAUUUGUAUUUUUUUAAACUUCCUCUCUGUAUAUUAAAAAAAGAACACAAUUUACUUAACCAAAUGUCGCCGAAACGAAUGCGAAAAGUAUUAUGAUAAUAUUAAUUUACAUUUAACAUAAUAUUGUGAAACUCAAAUUGCAAUACACAAAGAAAUACGAGCAAACGAAUCAAUAAAGAAAUGUUUAUUUUUUGUAAAAAACCAUAA